UGCGAAUGUCAGCUGAUGUUUUGAUCAUUUUUAUUUUGUUGCGAAAACUGAAAUUAUUGUAGUAAAUAGCUCGUGAAAUACAGUUUCUGUUAGUUUUAAUUAUUUUGUAUCAUUCAUGGCCCGAACAAAGGCUUCAGUGGGUGCUAAAGUUGCAUCUGGGAAAAGCAGCAAGGCUCGAUGCAGCGUAGCGCCAGUGGCUAGCAGCGGUGGUGGUUCUGGAAGCGGUGAUAAAGCUUCCCGAAGCGGCUCUGGCGGCGGUAACUCCGUCUGCCACCGAGAGACUCCAAAGUGGCAGAAACCAAUCACAAACUUCUUUAUUUGCAAAGAUAACAGUCGCACUAAAAACGAUUCCGAUACCGAAGAAUGUGACGAAGCUGCUGCCGGCAGUUCGAAGCCAAAACCUAAACGUAAGGUAAUAGAAUCAGAGGACGAAGAUGAAACCGAAAGGCCAACUAACAAUGUUCUGGAUGAAACAAUCGAAUUGGAGCCGUUAACAGGUGAAGACAGCCACAAGAUUGAUGAGUAUUACAACAAAAAUUCAAAAGGAAAAGGCGUAGGGAAGAAAACUAAAGGCAAAGAGAAUAUCGAUGCUAACUCUGAAAAAAGAAACUCGGUGAAAAGGGAUCUCGAAGAAUUGACGCUGGAAGAGGAAAGCUUACCGGCCACAAAGAAGAUGAAAGUGAAUUGAUCUGACAAACGUACCUCUUAGUCGUAAGUAUUGUUUAAACCACUGUUGAUACCAACAAUUUUGUUGUAUGUUACUUGGGUUACAAAUCAUUUAUGUCCGUUUUCACCAUCUCUAAUUUUUAAGUGACCCCUGUGAAAAUUACCACCAUAAUAUCAGAGUAAAUACAAAUGAGUAGGUUAUCUUCAUAGAAACGCACUGAGCGCGGUUUGUAUGUGAGCGCGCCAAUACGCAUGCGGCGCGCACGCACACACUGACAAAAUUUAGCGUGGAUUAGCGGGGCGGGGAGUUGCGCCGAAUUUGGUCAGUGUGUGCGUGCGCGCGGCAUACGUAUUAUUGGCGCGCUCACAUUCAAGCCGCGCUCGGUUCGUUUCUAUGAAGAUAACCUACUCAUUUGUAUUUACUCUGAUAAUAUAUAAAAAUUAGAGAUUGACGGUGAAAAAGGCAUGAGACCUGUAAAUAUACCUUAGUUCUAAGUAAAAAGUUGAUGGGCGAAUUUUUAAUCAGCUUACUUGAAGAUUACUAUGGAU